AUGGGACAAAACAGUGCAGGAACCUCUGAUGUUGCAGCAAAUGUGAGUUGUGCUGGUAUAACCAAUUUCUUUGACUAUUUUGCCUGUUUAAUUCAAAUCAAUGAUGAUUCUUGGAUAUUGGAUAGUGGAGCAACAGAACAUAUGUCUUUCAACAAACAAUCUUUCAUAGAUUUGAAAAUCUUGCCUGAACCUCUCAUGGUUAAACUCCCAAACUCUUCCAGAGUUAAAGUCACUCAUUCAGGAACUGUUUCUCUUGUGCCUAAUCUGAUUCUGCGAAAUCGUAAAUUCACUUUAGACCUUCUCCAAGAAUUUGACUCCCUCUAUUUGCCACAUGUUUCUUCUCCAUUUGAUUCAUCUACUCGUCUGUCUACUCAAAUAGGGAAACCGGUAAAGGGUCCCACCUUGUAUCGUCAUCUCCUUGGAAAACUUAACUACCUCACUCACACCCGACCAGACUUGUCCUUCACGGUCCAGCACCUCAGCCAGUAUAUGCAGGACCCAAGACAGCCACACCUAGAUGCAGUAUUCCGUGUGCUUCGCUAUUUGCUUAAAGAUCAUGGGGUUGGGAUCUUUAUGUCUUCUUCCUCAUCAUUCAAUGUCCUAGCCUUUUGUGAUUCUGAUUGGGCAACCUGCCCGGACUCGAGGAAGUCGGUGAGUAGUUUUUACAUUUCCCUCGGCACCUCUCCGAUCUCUUGGAAAUCCAAGAAGCAAACUUCAAUCUCACUUAGUUCGGCCGAGGCAGAAUACAGAUCUAUGAGGCGAGUGAUCGCAGAGCUUACAUGA